AUGGCCGUUGAUUCCGACAGAGGGGAGGGGGAUUUGGAGAUUGGGUUGGCGUCGCCGGGGUCGGAGGGAGGAGGGGUCUCGCCCGUCGCCCCAGGCCGCCGGGCGCUCGAGUCCUGCCUCUCCGGGAAGCGCCUCGACCAGUCGCCGUCGCCGUCGCGGGCGGUCAGGCGCCCCGCGCUAGUCAUGUCCAGCUCCGGGAAGCGCCUCGACCAGUCGCCCUCGCCCUCGCGCCCGGCGCUGGUCAUGUCCCGCUCCAGCAACCGCCUCGACCAGCCGCCCGGCCGCCCGGUGCUGGCCAUGUCCCGCUCCAGCAACCGCCUCGACCACUCGCCGGCGUCGUCCUCGUCCCCGACGCCCGCGAAGGGCCCGGCGCUCGUCAUGUCCGGCUCCAGCAAGCGGCUGGAGCAGUCGCUCGCGUCCCCGUCCCCGUCGCCCAAGGCCGGGGCCGCGGCGCCGCCCGUGCUGGUGCUCUCCAACUCCGGAAAGCGGAUGGACCAGGCGGGCCGGAAGAAGUACGUCAAGCAGGUCACGGGCCGGCACAACGACACGGAGCUCCACCUCGCCGCGCAGCGCGGGGACCUCGACGCCGUGCGCCAGAUCAUCGUCGAAAUCGACGCGCAGAUGACCGGGACUGGCGAGGAGUUCGACAGCGAGGUGGCGGAGAUCCGCGCCGCCGUGCUCAACGAGCCCAACGAGGUCGGGGAGACCGCGCUGCUCAUCGCAGCUGAGAAAGGGUUCAUCGACGUCGUCCUCGAGCUGCUCAAUCACUCUGACAAGGAGAGCCUUGCGAGGAAGAACAAAUCAGGAUUCGAUGCUCUGCAUGUCGCUGCAAAGGAAGGCCACCGAGAUAUUGUGAAGGUACUCCUGGACCAUGAUCCAUCCCUUGGGAAGACGUUUGGCCAAUCAAAUGUGACUCCUCUGAUAACUGCGGCGAUUAGAGGCCACCUCGAGGUAGUGAACCUUUUGCUGGAGCGAGUUUCUGGGUUGGUUGAACUAUCAAAGGCAAACGGAAAGAAUGCAUUGCAUUUCGCUGCCCGUCAGGGGCAUGUUGAAAUAGUUAAGUCUUUGCUAGUCAGUGAAGCUCAGCUUGCUCGGAAGACUGAUAAGAAAGGACAGACCGCUUUGCAUAUGGCGGUUAAAGGAACAAGCGCUGCAGUUGUUAGAGCACUCGUGAAUGCUGAUCCGGCCAUAGUUAUGCUACCUGACAAAAAUGGCAACUUAGCUUUGCAUGUUGCCACCAGGAAGAAAAGAUCAGAGAUUGUGAAUGAGCUUCUGCUUCUUCCGGACAUGAACGUGAAUGCACUGACUAGGGAUCGCAAGACUGCAUUCGACAUAGCAGAGGGUCUUCCAUUAUCAGAGGAGUCUGCGGAUAUAAAGGAUUGUUUAUCCCGUGCUGGUGCAGUGAGAGCAAAUGAUCUGAACCAGCCUCGGGAUGAGCUGAGAAAAACAGUGACUGAGAUCAAGAAGGACGUACACACUCAACUUGAGCAAGCCAGAAAAACCAACAAAAAUGUGCAUGGCAUAGCAAAGGAGCUGAGGAAGCUCCACAGGGAGGGCAUCAACAAUGCAACAAACUCUGUCACAGUUGUGGCUGUGCUCUUCGCCACAGUUGCAUUUGCUGCGAUAUUCACGGUGCCAGGCGGCAACGACGACCAUGGUGUAGCAAUUGUUGUGCAUGCGGUAUCCUUCAAGGUGUUCUUCAUCUUCAAUGCCAUCGCCUUGUUCACAUCAUUAGCAGUAGUGGUGGUCCAGAUAACACUUGUUAGGGGCGAGACCAAAGCAGAGAGGCGAGUUGUGGAGGUGAUCAACAAGUUGAUGUGGCUGGCUUCUGUAUGCACCACGGUGGCAUUCAUAUCCUCCUCUUACAUAGUGGUGGGUCGGCACUUCAAGUGGGCGGCGCUGCUGGUGACCCUCAUUGGCGGGGUGAUCAUGGCCAGUGUGCUCGGCACGAUGACAUACUAUGUGGUGAAGUCCAAGCGCACGCGGUCGAUUAGGAAGAAGGUGAAGUCAACAAGGCGGAGCGGCUCAAACUCAUGGAACCACAACUCGGAGUCAGAUUCCGAGAUAGACCGGAUAUACGCCAUAUGA